UUCUCUUCUCUCUCACACAAAUUCUCUCUCUAGAAAAAAAAGCUUUAUUUUAAUAUUUUCCCUCCCUCUCUCUCUCUAGAAUUUCACCACCACCAACACUCACUCAUAUUCAUUCUUUGCUUGCUCUUUUUAUAUAUCACGAGAUCCCCAUCUCUUUCUUUCUUUCCCCUCCUCUCUCUCUCGUUCAUGUCUUUUUUCUUUAGACCUUCCCAAUUCUCACUCCUCCAACACCACCACCACCCAUUCCUAACACACACUCUCACCCAGAGAGAGAGAGAGGAGUAGGUUCGUUCAUCAAGUUCGAAUUUUGAACCACCCCUUUUGUUCCGCAAUGUCGCGUUCGUCGGGGAAGCCGGUUUCCGAGGUGGUCGGCAUAGACGCCACCUUCGCCGAUCGGUUCCGCGACGCGCUCACCUGCGACGACGGCAGCAACAACAACAACAAUAUUAACAAGCCCGACUUCCGAGAACUCGAUCUGGGCUCGCCGGUCUCGCCAUUGCGGACCACGCGCGGGCCUGCCGCCAGUAGCAGCUCCAGCUCCUCGGGCUCCUUCUCGGGCCGAACCGGGCCCACCCGCAAGCCUGAAUCGGCUCAAAAUAAUAGCAACACCAACACUCACACUCAUAGUCUCAGCAACAACAACAACUCCGGUGAACUUUCUGGUUCAAGUGAGAACAGCCCCACCGCGCGUAAACCGGGUCACAGGAGAUCUGACUCCGGAUCUGCGCUGGUGCCGUUGAUAUACUCCGGUCAGACGGCGACUUCGCCGGCCAUGAAUGUUCUUCCGACCGGGAACAUUUGUCCAUCUGGGAAGAUCUUGAAGGCGGGGAUGAUGGCGAAUCGGAGUAGCAGAACUAGUAGAAGCGAUGUUUUGGGGUCGGGGAUGGGAAACUACGGCCACGGAAGCAUAAUGCGUGGCGGAGGGAAGGUGGAGCCGGCGAGUUCUCGCGGCGGCGGCGGUGGGAAUGAGACGGUGAAGAAAGGGGGGCACGUGCAGAGUGUGGAUCCGGAAGAGUUGAAGAGGUUGGGGAACGAGUGUUACAAAAGGGGGAACUUUGCUGAUGCGUUGAGUCUCUAUGAUCGCGCGAUUGCGAUGUCGCCGGCGAGUGCCGCUUACCGGAGCAACCGCGCGGCGGCGCUGACGGGCCUCGGACGGUUGGGUGAGUCUGUGAGGGAAUGUGAGGUGGCUGUGAGGUUGGAUCCUAAUUAUGGAAGGGCUCAUCAGCGUUUGGCUUCUCUUUUCCUCAGGUUGGGACAAGUUGAGAAUGCAAGGAAGCACCUUUGUUAUCCUGGGAUGCAGCCAGAUCCGUCUGAGAUGCAGAGGUUGCAAGUGGUGGAAAAGCAUAUCAGCAAAUGUGGGGAUGUACGGAGGGUUGGGGAAUGGAAGAGUGUUCUCAGGGAAGUUGAUGCUGCUGUUGCUGCUGGAGCGGAUUCUUCGCCUCAGCUCUUUAUGUGUAGAGCAGAAGCGUUUUUGAAGCUCCACCAGAUUGAUGAUGCGGAAUCAAUUUUGUUGAGUAUUCCCAAAUCAGAGCUGCAAACUAAUUCCUCUUCUCAGGCAAGGUUUUUUGGGAUGCUAUCAGAGGCUUAUUCCUAUUUUGUCAGAGCUCAGAUUGAGAUGGCAUUGGGAAGGUUUGAGAAUGCAGUUACAGCUGCUGAGAAAGCAAGUCAGAUUGAUUCCCGGAAUGUUGAAGUUGCUGUUUUGCUCAACAAUGUGAGGAUGGUGGCAAGGGCUCGAGUGCGCGGAAAUGAUCUUUUUAAAUCUGAAAGGUACACUGAGGCUUGCUCGGCAUAUGGGGAAGGUUUGAGACUGGACCCUUCGAAUUCUGUUCUAUAUUGCAAUAGAGCAGCUUGUUGGUUUAAGCUUGGGCAAUGGGAACAGUCAAUUGAAGACUCCAACCAAGCUUUACAUAUCCAACCAAAUUACACCAAGGCCCUUCUUCGAAGAGCUGCAUCAAACAGUAAGCUAGAAAGGUGGGAAGAAGCAGUCAAAGAUUAUGAGAUCUUGCGGAGAGAACUUCCAAAUGACAAUGAAGUUGCUGAAUCUCUUUUCCAUGCACAAGUUGCCCUAAAGAAAUCACGAGGGGAAGAAGUAUAUAAUUUAAAAUUUGGUGGUGAAGUGGAAGAAGUCUCAGGUCUUGAGCAGUUUAGAGCUGCAAUUUCUUUACCAGGUGUAUCUGUUGUCCAUUUUGAAGUUGCAUCUAACUUGCAAUGCAAACAAAUAUGGCCAUUUGUCAAUACACUAUGUGGUCGAUAUCCAUCUAUUAACUUCCUCAAGGUGGACAUUCAGCAAAGCCCAACAGUUGCAACUGCAGAGAACGUUCGGAUUGUACCGACCUUCAAGAUAUACAAAAAUGGCAGCCGGGUGAAGGAAAUCGUAUGCCCUAGUCGCGACAUGUUGGAACACUCUGUGAGGCAUUACAGCUUUUAGAACCUCAUGACUUGUAAUGCUUCUAUGUUGUCUUCUGCACUUCCGUCUUGUUGUUUCCCCAAACCUCCAGUUAAACUCUCUAGUCUCUACAGCUCUUCCAGUCUUUUGAUCCCACCAUAAAGUGAUCACCUCAUCAUAUCAUACCUGUGACAUAGUCAAAACCAAAUAAUAAUCUCUUUAGCAGCCAAUACCAUUGGAACCUAGAGAUAGUCUUGUAGUUCCUUUUGAAGUUUUUAUUUAUUCAUUCGUUCCUCAUUGCUCUUUGGUUCCAUGUUCCUCCCAACUCCCUUUUGUCGAUUUUCUUUGUCUUAUCCACUCCUUUUCAGUUCAAUAGGUCAGCUGUUCUUGUACCCCCCAGUUUCUUCAAGGUUAAAAGUAAAAAAAAAAAAAUUGUUUUUUUCUUGUCUGUACAAUUGAUUUAAUGAUGAGUUUAAAUUACCUUUUAAGAUAGACAAAUAUAGACAGAUAUAGAAUGAAGGGAGGGGGAGGGUGUUGUGCUAGUUAGAGGGGGGAUCUGUACAAUGUAUAUAUGUGGUGAUAUAUACAAGACACUGGAAGCCUUUGAGGGGGGAGAGAUAGGAUGAGUGGUGGGGUAGCUACUGAGUUGGCAAAAGGAGGAUGAAAAUGUUACUAUUAUCAUUGUUUUUUUUUUAUCCUAUCUUAGCCAUUUAAUCAAUAAAAAGUUCCCAUUUUUUUUUA